AUGGAAGAAGUAACGGAAUCGCUAUCUGAAGAAAACCCAUCGGCGGCGACUCCCCGGUCACCAGAAGAUGAGGAUCUACUACAACGAAGCACAAAGAAGACGAAGAGGGGUAGAGCUCCGGCGGAGCAUUCAAAGCCUGGGAUGACGGACAGUGUCGUCCAAGAAACUCCGGCCACGGCAGGGUUCAUGUCUCCAGAGUCAGCGAAGUGGAGAACUCCGGUCGAAACACCAAGUAACGCAUGGGGCAGAAGAGACAACACAGCUCAGGCGGAAGGCGAAGCAGUAUCGGACGAAGAACCGAUGGAUGACGGGGAAACGGACCCUAAUUGCCCGGUAAUAAGAGUAACAAAAGAGGAAAAAGAAAGGCUAAGACGCCCAUGGGGAAGAACGCUCAUCGUCAAAGUUCUUGGCCGCAAGGUAGACUACUCCUUUCUUUUACAAAGAUUGCAGAAAUUAUGGAAACCUGAAGCCAAUUUCGACCUAAUUGCAAUUGAUCAAGACUAUUUUCUGGCAAAAUUCGACUCACUAAGCGAUUAUGAGUUCGCGAAGUAUGAAGGGCCGUGGGUUAUUUUGGGGCAUUAUUUGACGGUUCAAGAAUGGCGACCAAAUUUCUUUCCGCACAAGAACAAAUUAGACAAGCUUUUGGUCUGGAUACGGUUCCCGGCACUCCCAAUUGAAUAUUUCGAAGAUGAGUUCCUGAAGAAGAUAGGCAAGAACAUUGGCCGCCCAGUGAAGGUUGACACAACGACUAGUCUGGUAUCGAUUGGAAGGUUCGCAAGAGUGUGCGUAGAGCUUGACCUGGCCAGACCACUGCUGGCAAAAUUUACAUUGGAAGGGGAAAUAGUACCCAUCAAGUAUGAAGGGAUCCAAAUGGUAUGCUUCAAAUGCGGCUUGUACGGGCACAAACAGGGGCAAUGCGGGGCGCAGGGUCAAAAGGAAGGUGCGGAGAUUAGGGAGGAGGAUAGGGCACAAACUCAAAGAGGGAAUCCCCAAAUGAACGGGGAAAACCAGACAGAACAACAGGAAAGAAGACCAGCAAGAGAUUUCAGACAAAAUUUUGGUGACUGGAUGCUGGUAGCAAGAAAGGAGAGAAGAAGCAAUCGUGGGGGCGGCCCCCAGAUACCACCCAGGAAUAGAGGUAACCAAGCUCAAAUGCAAACACAGAAGGGAGAAGGCCCAAGAUCACAAUCAAGGUAUGCAGCUCUAGAAGGUCUGGAUGAUGAGGGAAUAGAAUUUCAGCCGGAGGAGGGACCAAGUUCAGCAAUGCUGCAGAGUGUUCCAGAAACACUCCCAAGAAUCCGCACCAACCAGGUUCCACAUUCACCAAUGGGGCAAAAUUUACCCCAACAAAAUAGUAGAAACCAAAUGAACCCAGGUGGAAGAGGUACUAGAGGCGGACAAGUAAAUUCAUUUGGGCGAGGGACUACCAGAGGCAGAGGCACAAGAGGAGGGGCGCCGAGGAGGGCCGCGGCCGAAUCUGAGCACAUCGUGGGUGCAGCAUCGAAAGAGUUUCGACGCACCCUCAAACAAUUUUGUCGUGACCAUUCACCUGAUGUUGUAUGUUUAGUUGAACCGAAGGUUUCGGGCUCACAGGCGACCGCCAUAUGUAGCAAAUUGAGUUUCGAGGAAUGGAUUCGAGUCGAGGCAGUGGGAUUCUCUGGAGGGAUCUGGGUAAAAAAGGAUAACUUACCGCCUUGGGAGCUAACAAUGGUAUACGGCAGCCCCAACUUGGCUCUUCGGAAAAGGCUUUUUGCAGAUCUGUCUUCGAGCAUGCUAAGACCACAAUCUUGCUGGUUAGUCUGCGGAGAUUUCAAUUUGGUAACAAGCAUGGAAGAGGUAAGCAAUCCGGUUAAGUUCAACGCAGCCAGAACGACAGACUUCAUUGAGUGGAUCUUCCGAGAAGGCCUUAUAGAUUUAGGGUAUGAGGGUUCGAAGUUUACAUGGAUGAGAGGAGUAGACACAACCAGUUUUAAAGAGGCAAGAUUAGACCGAGCAAUGGGUAAUGAGGAAUGGAAACUGAGAUUCCCAAAUACCAAGGUUGAACACUUACCAAUCAUCAACUCAGACCAUGCCAUCUUACUCAUAUCUAAUAACCCCGAGAAGGGAUUCAAGGGGGAAAGGAAGUUCAGAUUUAAUCAUAUGUGGACAACUCACAAAGAUUUCAUGAGGUGUGUGCAACAAACUUGGAGGAGAGGAGAUAAUCUAGAGGAGAAUAAGGCAGCUAUGGCAAAUGCAUUAUCAUCUUGGAAUAAGGAGGUGUUUGGGAAUGUCUUCCACAGAAAAAAAAGGUUGCUGGCAAGAAUAAAAGGAGUCCAAAAAAGAUUAGCACAGCAAGCAAGUCAGAACCUAUUAAGAUUGGACAGAGAACUGAAAAAAGAACUAGAGCUAACCCUACAUCAAGAAGAACUGAUUUGGUUCCGUCAAGAGAGGAGUGGAUCAAGUCUGGAGAUUGUAACACUAGAUAUUACCACCUAG